AUGAGGCUGGCUCUUCUUACUCUGGGCCGGCUUGUCUCCCACACUGAAGCCUCGCCCAACCAUGGACCGGCGGGCAACGAGCGCAAAGAUGAACUCCCUCUAAAGGAGCUCGACCAUUCCGCCCACGAUUGCGGCAGCGCUCUGAGCCAACUACCCCAGAAAGUUGUUCUGUUCUUGGAUAUAUACCUCUGGGAGCCGAUAUGCACAGGCUUGCGAUUUUUGCAGCUUGCUGCCAUCUUCAUUCCCGUAAUUUUGACAAUACCAGCCAUUUGGAUUGGGAACCGGCAGCCGGAUCGAGAUAAUGAGCGGAGCGGGACUCUGUGGUGGUAUGGUUUUCUGGUCCGUUCCAUGGAAUGGGCUGGCCCAGCAUUCAUCAAGCUUGGGCAAUGGGCAGCUUCGAGGACUGACAUAUUCCCCAACGAGUUAUGUGACAUCAUGUCUAAGCUCCAUGCCAAUGCUCCAGCCCACUCCCUUCAAGACACAAAACAAAUUAUCCGAGAAGCAUUCGGCGGGCGCAAUUUUGAAGAUAUCUUUGAGGAGUUCGAUGAAGAGCCACUGGGCGUUGGAGCUAUCGCACAAGUAUACAAGGCAAAGCUGAGGCCCGACCUCGCGGUCCCUGGCGAUAUCGAUGUUCCAAAAAACCCCACUGAUCUGCGUCACAACGUUCGUAAAAACGUUGGAUCUGUCCUUAAAAGCUCCCCAAAGAGAAUACCUUCAUCCUAUGUUGCCGUCAAGGUCCAACACCCCGGAGUUGACCGGCUUGUGCGGCGAGACCUCCGCAUUAUGCGUUUUUUUGCCUCGAUGCUUAAUGCGAUACCCACUAUGGAGUGGCUUUCGCUCCCAGAUGAAGUUGACCAGUUCGGGGAGAUGAUGAAGCUGCAGCUCGAUUUGCGCAUCGAAGCAUCAAACCUGUCCAGGUUCCGCAAGAAUUUCAAGGACAGAACGACGGCCUGGUUUCCUUAUCCUUACACUGAGUUCAGCACCAAAUAUGUACUUAUAGAGGAAUUCGCCCACGGACUUCCUCUCGCCGACUUCAUGGUCAAUGGAGCUGGCGUGUUCCAAAAAGAUAUUGCCUCUGAAGGUCUCGAUGCGUUUUUGCGCAUGUUGCUGCUAGAUAACUUUGUCCACGCUGACCUACAUCCGGGCAAUAUCAUGGUUCGCUUUUACGAAGCGGACCGGCCGAGCUUGCAUCUACGCCGCGCUCACGACGCCCCCAGCCCAGAACGCGGAGAAGUAACAGAGCAGGUCCUCGCCCGAUUACGUCCGCAUCGCCACAACAAAGACCGUUGGGAGGCCGAGCUGGCCCAACUUGAUCGGGAGGGUUUCCGCCCGCAAUUGGUAUUCCUGGAUACGGGCCUUGUAACGGAGCUAAAUGAGACUAAUCGCAGAAACUUUUUGGAUCUGUUCCGAGCUGUGGCCGAGUUUGAUGGAUACAAGGCCGGCCACCUCAUGUGUGAGCGCUGCCGGCAACCUGAGGCGGUUUUGGACGAAGAGAUAUUCGCACUCAAGAUGCAGCAUCUGGUGCUUGGUGUCAAGAGCCGAACUCUCGCACUUGGAAACGUGAAAAUUGGCGAUAUCUUACAACAAGUCCUUAGCAUGGUCAGGCAGCACCACGUCCGGCUCGAGGGAGACUUUGUCAAUGUCGUCAUCAGCAUCUUACUCCUUGAAGGAAUCGGCCGCACCAUGGAUCCCGAACUAGACCUUCUCAGCAGUUCUCUUCCGAUUUUGAGGCAGCUUGGCACCCAUACCGGCAAAGACAUGGUCAAGCAAGGCGAUUUCUCCAUGAUGCUGGUCUGGCUGGGUUUGGAAACGCGGAAAUUCAUGCAAGCCAGCGCCCAGGAUGUUGAGAGAUGCGUCAAGUAUGAUCUUUUGUCCCCUAAUGUCUAG